AUUAUAGUUAAUAACGAUGUUGCCCUUAUUCAAAGUAUUCUCAUUAGUUGUCAGAGUUUUUGCAAGACCUGUAAUUGCAAGAACAAAGGCUGCACACUUAAAGAAAGCUUAAUCAGGACAUACUAAUUGGGUUAAGAAAUUUUAUGUUCGAUUAGGAAACUUUUAACAUAAAUGGGAUGUAAUGAAAUUCUGAAAUAUAGUAAAAAAUAGAUAGCAAAUUUAUGGGUAUUGAUAAGAAAAGUAGUGAUUUUUUCUUUAAACCUUUAAAUGAUGAAGUUGCUUUAGAAAAAGUAAACAAAAUUUAUAAGUUUGUAAGGGAGUAGAAUUCUUUUAUGAAAUCCUUAUCUAUGCAUUGUUAAUAACUCUUCCAACAUAUGAAAUGUAUUCUGCAUAAUAAGAUUCUAAAAAAAAGAGUCAAUAAAAUACAGAAAAAUUAAAUGUAAAUCAAUAGUUAUUCUAGAAUUUGAUCUAAUAAAUCGAAGAAAAUAAACAGCAUUCUCAGAUGAAUGUUUAAAAAUUGGAAGAAUAAGAUUAAAUUAGAUAAGAUUUAUUGAAAUAACUCAAUAUUCUCUCUGUUUAGUCAUUUGCAUAAUUGGAUGAUUUAUCAAAGGUUUUAAUUCAAAUUUUAUAAUAGAAUUGGAAUUUAAAAUCCUAAUAGCUUAUUUAAGAAAAUUAAAAGUUAACAUAAGAAUUAUAAGAGUUAAAACAAAAAUAUUAGAAAGAUGAAAAUUGAUGAG